ACCACGAGCUCGCGAACACGUCUUCACGCGCUCUAUAUAUCAAUUACCAAUAUAUAUACAUAUAUAUAUAUACCUCGAGGCAACGAGUGCACAUAUACCCGCGACCGUGGCCCUGCUGCAGCGCAGCGAAACCGCUCUCGCGUUGUACCUAAGUAUGUAUAUCUAUAUACAUAACUAUUCACCUACAUCUUUCUCUCUCGCACUUGAAGGCGCUGCUCGCGCGACGAUCGGGUGAUAUUCGCGCCGCCGUCGCCGUCGCCGUCGCGCAGUAGCUCGGCCGCCGGCCACUCGUCGACUAGACGCGCCCGUUUACACACCUUCUCUUAUUCUCUGUGUGUGAUAUAUCUACCUAUAUACGAGAGUAUCGAAAUCGCCAAGUAAUUCCGCGCGCGGAGCUUAUAAUAUACAAAGAGACGUCAAACAUCCGAGAGAGAGAGUUUUGCAUCGCGAGAGUGCAGUUUAUAGAGGUUAUAAAAGUGCGGACGGACGGUUCUUCCGGUUGCACGGAUUGUAUAUUAGUUCGAUGCAGUGAUUCUAUAUAGGUAUAUACGCAGGACUUUGUGUAUUGUAUGCACGAGAGAGUUGAGAGAAGGAAGAGGAUAGACCUUCCAUGACGCGGCGCCGCUGAUGCCACUAUCGCGACGACGUCCCCUCGAAUAUGAUUAAUCCAGAUGAGCAGCCAGCUGAAUCCCAACUUUCAAUGAAAACACUAGAAGGAAACAAAUAUGAGGCCUCAAAGUUGUGAAAACUGCCUUAAUGAAGAGGUCAUGGCUUCAAAUGGUUAUUCCAAUGCUGCGGCUGUAUCAGCCAAGCAGUCGAAGAACAACUCACCACCCUGUGAGUCUGGGAAUUCAAUGCCAUGGUUCGGUAUGGACAUUGGUGGCACAUUAUGUAAAUUAGUAUAUUUUGAGCCGAAAUACAUAACAAAAGAUGAAGCAGAUGCAGAGGUUGAAACUUUGAAAAAUAUUCGUCAGUACUUGACGAAAAACUCGGCGUAUGGCAAAACUGGCCACAGAGAUGCGCACCUACAGAUGGACGACGUGUGCAUACGAGGCAGACGAGGCACGCUGCACUUCAUCCGGUUCCCGACGAGCGAGAUGGGCAACUUUCUGGCACUGGCAAGGUCGAAAGGUAUGGCGACCCUCGUAACGACGGUCUGUGCGACCGGCGGUGGCGCCUACAAAUUCGAGGACAACUUUAAGAAGGAGGUGAACCUCAGUCUAGCCAAAUUUGAUGAACUCGACAGUCUGAUAAGAGGCAUGCUCUACAUCGAAAUGACGAAUCCGUGCGAGUGCUAUUACUGGGCCGAUCCCACGGACGACGAUAAGUGCCAGAAAAUUCCGUACGACUUUUCCAAGCCAUAUCCGUUUUUGCUAGUUAAUAUUGGAUCUGGUGUUAGUAUACUGACUGUCCAAGGUCCGAACGAUUACAAACGAAUAAGUGGUACUAGUUUGGGUGGAGGUACGUUCUUAGGAUUAUGCUGUCUAUUAACUGGAUGCAAUACGUUCGAGGAAGCGAUCGAAUUAGCGACUAGUGGUGAUAGUACUAAGGUAGAUAAAUUGGUCAAGGAUAUUUACGGAGGAGAUUACAGUCGUUUCGGUUUGCCAGGAGAUCUUGUCGCAAGCAGUUUAACCGAUGUCUAUAGUUUUGGACAGAUGAAUUCUAAAGACAGGAGGAAUACUGUGACAAAAGAGGAUCUUGCUCGAGCUACUCUUGUCACGAUCACGAACAAUAUCGGUUCUAUAACAAGGAUGUGCGCGGUCAAUGAGAAAAUUGAAAGGGUUGUUUUUGUUGGAAACUUUUUGCGAGUCAAUCCUAUUUCAAUGAAGUUACUAGCCUCCGCAAUGGACUAUUGGUCCAAAGGAACUCUUAAAGCUCUCUUUUUGGAACACGAGGGAUAUUUUGGUGCAGUGGGAUGUUUAUUACAAUUUACUGGCGAUACCAGUUAAAGGUUAUUAUUGCGCAAUGCUCAAAUGCUGAUAGGAAUACAUAAAAAGAUUAAGAAAACUUUACAAGAAAUAAACGAAGAUGUUUAUUUAUUUCUUGUAUCAGUUUACUCAUGGACGUAUUUAUUAAUUUGUACACAUGUACAUACAAACAUAUAUCAUUCCAAUUGUAAAAGGCAAAUGGGCAAAUUCUUCGACAUUUUUCUUUUGGUUUUUAAGCUGUUUAUUUUAUUGCUCUAUUAUGAUACUAAUUUUCAAUUGAAGUAAUCCAGUUGAUUAGUAUCAUUAACAAUAUUUGUGACCAAAAAGUUGAAUUCUUGACAUAGAACGGCACAAUUUUGAAUAAUAUUUUAGAAUUUUUAAUGCUUUUAUAUGUCAAUUAGUGCGUGAAACUAACGCUGGAAACACGAAUUAAUUUUUCUAUCUGAGGUAUUCACUUUUUAAGCAAAUAAUUAUGAAUACGUUUUUAUACAAAUGUUGAAGAAAAAGUUCAGAUAGAUAUGCAGCGUGUAUUGCAUACAAUGUCUUUUCCUCUGUAUUAACUGGAAUUGCAAAAGUAAUUUUUAUAAAAAAAUAUAAAUGUAUACGGUUUUGAAUUAUUGGAUAGGAACAACCUCACGAUUGUUAAAGUUACACAACAAGGUUUUUAUUUUCUUUCAUAAUUUGCCUACUUAAAGCUAGAUGUACAGCGAAUGCUUACAUAUCACGAAUCAAGACGGAAAGCCGCUGUUACUUUGUCGAUAAUGAAAAUCGCUCAAAAAUUUCAUUAAGCGAAUGUAUCAAAUUUUAUUUUAUACACUUCUGUUAUUACUUUUCACACCUUGUUAACCUCUAUCACAAAAAUUAUUCGAAAAUAUUUGUUGACUUUGUAUAUAGCCAUAAAUGAAUUUGUAUUGAUGUACAAAUGCAACGCAUAAUAUUAUGUGAAAAUUGAUUUUAUCAAUCAAAUUGUUUAUUAGAAGGCAUAUUUAUUAUAAAAUCUAAAGAUAAUUAAUAUUAUAUUUUAUUAACGUACGAGUAUCAUAAUCGUUAUAAGAGGCAAACUACUUACAAUCACAUACCUUAUGUUUAAUUACAAUUGAAGGAAAAUACAAAUGCCGAUAAGAGUUUAUAAAUACUUCUAGUGCAACAAUAACAAUUAUUAUAUUUACAAUGGCUUUUCCUGGUUUAGAAAUUUGCACAACUUUAUCAAAGAAAUGUAUUCUCGGGCAUUGCCAACACACACAUUUAACGCAGUAACUUGUAACGCAAUAAAUUAAUCUACAUUUUUAGUUUAUUCAUGUGUGUAAUUAGGUAGUACCAUGAAAUCUCAUCCCUAUGAUUUGACUGUCGACAACAAGGAAAGAUGUUCCGACUGUUUAGCAGAAAUUCGAGGAUCAAAAGUAUGAUGUUGAAAAACAGUCCAAAUUUUAUAAUACUUAGAGUAUUCCAUGUACACUUAAGAGAUAUUAUAUGAUGAAAAUUACAAUGCACAUAAACGAAAUUUGCACGAAAGAAGUAUAUAACUAAACUAUAAAGACUACAUCACAGCCAUGUUUUUAACAUUGCAAACCAAUUAAAGCCAUGCACAGUGUUGUUAUAAUAAUCCAUCGUAACUUUCGAAGAAUAUCGUAAGGUAGAAUAAAUUUUGCAUUUAUCGAACAGAAAAAGUAAAAAAAAAUCAAAAACACCAGUUAGACAUCGAUAGACGUUGAUUUCGAAAACUAUCUGUAUAAGUAAAACGAAAGUAAAACAUUUCCUGUUACUACCUAAUCGAUAAGUUCGGCGACCAAGCAGGAAACGGGCCAAAUUUAGAAGAAGGCACUCUGUGGUUGACGUCGGUUCCACCCGCGUCUUUUUCCAUUCUGUAGCUUGAUUAUUUUACUUGUCCUAUAUGAAUAUUCCGCAUGUAUACUUAUUACCGCCUAGUGGAGCUCGGCGACCUGUUUAAGACAAUGUCGGCGGCCUUCUCCGCCAGGGCUAUGAUCACCGAGUUGGGCGUGCCCGAUAUCGGGCCUGGAAGUACACUCGCGUCGACUAUUCGCAGGCCCUCGAUGCCGUAAACCCUGCAAUAUUGUGUAAGAAAAGCGUCACUGUGUAUAAGUGACUUGGCGAGUAGUCCGCAACGACCAGACACGUUCGCAUUAAUGUUGUAAUGAUUGAAUAUAAAGUUUAUAAAUUUCGAUUGUUUAGAUUUUUUAAUAAAGUUAGUUUUUUGAAUAA